AUGCUUGGCUUGCGAGGGGCUUGCGAAGCCUUUUCAGGGCUUGGCGUUGAGCCCCACCACAACAGCUGCAGCAGCAACAACAACUGCUGCAGCAGCAGCAGCAACAACAGCUGCAGCAGCAGCAGCAACAACAGCUGCAGCAGCAGCAGCAACAGGAACGCAGAACAAGAGCAGCAGCAGCAGUCAUAUCAUCUGCGGCAACAUCAGCAGCAACCGCAACCACAGUAUCAGCAGCAGCAUCAGCAGCAGCGUCAGCAGCAGCAGCAACAGCAGCAUCAGCAGCAGCAGCAGCAGCAGCAAAAACAGCAGCAACAGCAGCAGCAGCAGCAGCAGCAGAAACAGCAGCAACAGCAGCAGCAGCAGAAACAGCAGCACCUCUCCAUAAUACCUUUUUAA